GAGAUAGGUUUAUAGUUGGUUAAGUUAAAAACAUCAAUCUUCCAAUCUUGAAUCAAGUGUUACGAAAGACAUGGUGUUACAAAUACACAAAGGGUUUCUGAUUUCCUUAAAAUAUCAAGAAAUUCUAUUAAGAACUUUAUAUUUUGAAAAUAAAAAGAACUUGUCAUCUAACGUAUGUAACGGUAUACCUGAAAUACUUUCAUACUACAAAGGAGAAAAUGGCCGUAAGUCCUGCUCACCAUUUGUUAAAGUUUCGACAUGGGUGCAUGUUAACCGUCAAAUGUUUUCGUUUUCCUUGUGUUAAACAUUUAACAACCACUAUCUUCCGAACAAGUAAUUCAAAAUCUAAGAAUUUAAAAAAACAAGCAAGCGAGCUUUUGGAAUACAGCCAGGAAGAAAAUGUAAAAUCCAUUGCGGCUGAACAUUUUUCCCUCUUUACAAAUUUUAUAACUAGUGAAGAGGAAACGUCUUUAAUCACCGAAAUUGACACGAAAUGGAGACGUUUGAAGUAUCAAAAGGGACACUGGGACAACGCAAUCCAAGACUACAGAGAACUCGAGAUCAGAGAUUGGAGGACACAUAAUGCUUCCAUAAUACAAAGAAUACAAGAGGUUGCUUUUGAUGAUGGAGAUGUCAAAAACAACUUGAUUCACGUGUUGGAUUUAUCACCAAUAGGUUUUAUAAACCCACAUGUAGAUUCCACAAGGUUCUGUGGUCGAGUUAUCGCCGGUUUGAGCCUUCUUUCUUCAUGUGUGAUGAAGUACACUCAUAAAGGUGAUGCCAGUAUUUGGUUCCAGGCCUUACUGCCCCCCAAAUCUCUUUAUAUAAUGAAGGACAGAGUUAGAUAUGAAUUUGAACAUGAAAUUUUAAAGAAUGAAGACUCAAUGUUUAAAGGAGAAAAAGUCACAAAAUCAAGACGCGUGUCAUUGCUAUGCAGAAGCAAACCACACAUAGAACAUGAUGAUAAACCUGGACAGCUUUUUAAACCUAUAACUUUGUUCGAAAAUACAUAAUAGAUGUAAUUUGUCAUUUAUAUAUUACUUUAAUGCAUAUAAUGCAAUAUACAGCCAGCCUUUAAAUAAAAACACAACUUCAAGUUGAAAUGAACAAAAAUGUCACUAGUAGGUUUUUUAAGGUACCAUUUGUAAUACAAAUUGUUGUUACGAUUAUGUCAUUUUUAAUAAAAAAAAUUUUUGCACCAAAAA